AUGUCCAAAGCUCUAGCUAAAGCUGGAUCGCUCAGUCCCGAAAUUCGCCUCGCUCAAGCUGUCUCUGAAUUUGAAGCCGACCUGUCAAGCGAACAAAAGUCCGCAUUUCGUACGCUGAAGUCGCAGACGCUUUUGGCGACACCCACACCAAGCGAUGUCAUGCGACUGACCGCCGAGAUUGACCGCCGCAUGUCCAACAAAUUUAGCAAUCGAUGCUUCGGUCCGCGCUUUACCAAUUUUCUCCAAGCUGUUCAGCAGUUCGCUGCGCUUGGGGAUAUCGUGGUUGGAAGCUCACAGAACCCGAUCGCGUGUGGCGUGUGGUCAUUGGUACGCAUGUCGAUAUUGUCGUUUGUGAGCGUGUCAAACCACGUAGAGAAGCUAUCAUCGAUAUUCAUGGACCUUGGUCGCUCUUGUCCACGCCAUCAGGAAAUUGCUGUGCUCUACCCACUCUCUAAAAAGCUACAGGUCUACAUCCUCGAAUAUUUCAUCGUGGUCGUUGCUCUGUGUCAUUACUUGCUCAGGUUCGGCCAAAAGUCCGCUCUCCAGCAGUUCACAUCAUCAUUGAGUGGAGGGGACUUGAAAGCGUUUCAGUAUGACCUCGAGAAAUGGGCACACUCGAUCGAAAAAGAGAUGCAAGUCAGUGAAUUUCAACAAAGCUCUGGGUUUAGAGCAUUAUCCCGAUCAAUGUUGGACUCCGCAUUGUACCAACAGAAACUUGCGGCAAGAAAGCAGAUGCUCGACCUCUGCUCCAUGUACGAUUACGAAACAGUUUGGAAGCAGACGAGGAAGGUCGGGAAUACAUUGCUCUUUACACGUUUCGACGAAUAUAGAGAGUGGAAGAAUAGCUCACAAACUUGCACAAUAGUAUUCACUGGCAAGUUAGGAUCGGGAAAGUCCGUGUUGCUAGCCAACGUAGUGGACGAUCUCAGCCUCUCUACCGAAAGAGAUCGACCCUUGGUAGCAUACUUCUUCUGCAGACACGAUCUACCCGAGAGUCUGCAAGCACGCACCAUUCUUGGCUCACUAGUGCGACAAAUGCUGCGGAGUAUUGCUGACUUCGACAAACUUUCAGAUGUAUGCCAAGAUGUACACACCACUGGAGACAUUAACAAGAUACUGGAAAUGGCCCUCCAGGCUUAUCCCCCUACCUAUAAAACGUUUCUCGUGAUAGAUGGACUGGACGAGUGCAGCGAAGGAGAAAUAGCAACGCUGGUACGAGCGGUGAGGGCCAUCCAAGCAAAGCUAAAGGUCUUCGUUUGUGCGUCUUUCCGGGUAGAGCCAAACAAGGGUCUGCAGUCGAUGACACGUCGCCUCCUGGAUGCCCGCAUAGUUCAGUUACCGGAGAGCAACCCAGACAUCGAGGCCUUCAUCGAAGCAGAGCUCUAUCGUUGUCUGGACGAAGAUCUUCUAAACAUCAGAGAUUCUACACUGAUAUUGGACAUCCAAGAUUCCCUCCUUCAACGCUCCCAAGGCAUGUUCCUUUGGGCGGCUCUUCAGAUCCAGUCUUUGUGUAGUAUGAAGACUGAUCAUGCCAUCCGCGAAGCCCUGGCGGACCUGCCCAAAGACCUUGCGCAAACCUUUUCCCGCAUCUUACACAAAUCAGGAGCCUCGGAUCCGUUGCUCCAAGCAAAGAUACUGGAGGUCGUAUUGGCAGCUUACCGGCCCCUGACGACUGAGGAGUUGAGAGAAGCCUUAAGCGUCGAUCCCGGACAUGCAGUAUGGGAUCCGUCUAAGAUGUUGAACGAUGUGCAGUCAGCCCUAGCCUGCUGCGGAUGUCUUCUUACUGUCGAUGAGGAAGAGUCGACUGUCCGAGUCAUACAUCACAGCGUCAAGCAAUACAUUCUUCAUGGUCUUGACGACGUGAAGUACAUGGGUUUCUCUGUUGGAAGAGCACACGGAACGUUGGCGGAUAUCAUUGUCACCUAUCUUGGGUACGGUGUUUUCGAAACCCAACUUGAGAGAAACCAUGCCCAUCCGAUCUUAGCACAAGCAGUGCCGUCUACGGUCAUGCGAAACACCGUGGGCGGCUCGAGCUCCGCUCGGCAACUUGCUAUGAAGCUUCUCAAGUCCAAGAAGCAAUCCGCAUUUGACUUGAGCAAGACGGUUGCUGAAGCUCGUGGUCAUUCGUACUCUGAGCCCCAGGACGGAUUCAAGUUCUUUGGUUAUGCGAAUACCAAUUGGCAGAAUCAUAUUCCAUACGUUACAAGUCGAGCUGAUGCUAUCUGCGAACUUGCAACUACACUGAUUCGGAGUCGAUAUCCAGAGCUGGAAACGACGAAUGCAGAUUCUGAUUUGUAUUGGAGCUUCGCUGCCACCACGCAUCAAGAUACAAGAAUUCUCGAAUUGCUGAUGCUGCAAUCUCAGAAGAUGAAGCUGUGUGCACAAAAGACAUUGGUGUUGCUAGUGAGAACCGGAGACAAGGACACUAUCAAAGUACUACUGAACGCUGGCGUUGAUGCAAAUAGCAAUCGUGACGGAGCACCUCCGAUAAUCGUUCUGGCAGCGAGCAAUGGAGACAGUAUCAUGAUUAAGUUCCUACUCAGCUUCAGUACGGUUGACGUCAAUGCCGGCGACUGGUUCGGGGAUACCGCAGUGAAAAAGGCCGUAGAGGUGGAAAACGAACACAUCAUCACGCUACUUCUCAGCUCUGACAGGAUAGAUGUCAACGUGAAGAACAAUAUCGGGAACACUGUAUUACUGCAGGCCAUAGACACUGGAAAUGCGGGCAUUAUUAAGCUAUUGAUCAACGACGAUAAGAUUGACGUCAACGCGCAAAGCAAUUCUGGGAGUACAGCACUACUCAAAGCUGUGAAAUAUGGAGAUGAGAAGAUCGUCAGACUGCUACUGGGUAUCCGCAACAUUGACGUCAAUGCGAGAGACAUAGACGGGAAGACUGCAUUAAUGCACGCGACGUGUAAGAGGAACAAGGACAUGAUGAAGCUGCUGCUUGGAAGCAAGAGCGUCGAUGUUAAUAUCAAGGAUGAUACUGGAAGAACGGCGUUACUAGAUGCAGCAAGUAAAGGAUACAGCGACGUAGUCAAGCUGAUGCUGACAAGCAAAAACAUCGAAGUCAACACAGCGGACAAUACAGGGUGGACGCCACUGAUGUAUGCAGCAUUCCACGGAAAGAUAGAAGUGGUCCGGCUGCUUCUUACUAGUCGCAAGAUAGACGUCAAUGUGAAGGGGCAAUAUCACGUUACGGCGUUGACUUUAGCGGUAAGCAAGAGUCAUCAAGAUGUUGUUGAGCUGCUGGUACUUUCACGCCACUAG